AUGGAAGCUAUUUGUCAUGUCAAAUUGUUUGCCUUUGCCCAACCUAUGAAUUCAAUUAACAGAUUUAUUUGGACUGUGCAUUUAAUGGAUAAUUUAUUAUUCAUAGGGAAUGUUGAUCUAUUCGUCCGCAUGUCCACUGGCUCAGGGAAGUCAUUAUGUUAUCAGAUGCCAGCAGUAUUGCAGAAGGGAAAGAUCACUAUUGUUUUUGCUCCCCUUCUGUCGCUAAUUAAGGACCAGAUAGACCAUUUAAAGGAGUAUGGAAUUGUUGGCAGUACAAUAAAUUCAAGAAUGUCAAAUUCAGAAGUAAAAAAUAUCAUACAGGAUCUGAAUUCAGACAAUCCUAAAAUAUCUCUUCUCUAUUUAACACCAGAAGGAGCUAAUAGUCAACGUAUCAAGGAAAUAAUUGACUCCCUAUACAAUAGAAGUAAACUGUCAUACAUUGUGAUUGAUGAGGCGCAUUGUGUAUAUGAAUGGGGUCUGGGCUUCCGGCCCGAUUACAUGAAUCUCGGAAAGCUACGUGCAAUGUAUCCUGACAUUCCAUGUAUUGCUCUGACAGCAACUGCUACUGAUCAGGAAAUGGCAGCAAUUACUUCAUUUCUUAAUCUCCGCAGACCAGUAGCAGUAUUCAGAAUGCCAUGCUUCAGGUCAAAUAUAUUUCUGGAAGUUGUUUCCAGAAAAAAAGUAAACGUGUAUGAAGACUUAAAGAAAUUCAUUUCUGAUAGUUUAGCUGAGAGUUAUACUCUUAAUAAGACGAUCUCUGAUGGGUGUGGUAUUAUCUACUGUCUGAGGCGUCGAACUACAGAGACAGUGGCUUCAGUCCUCAGAGGUAUGGGUGUGUCCUGUUCUGCAUAUCAUGCAGGACUAAAACAUGAGAGGAGAACACAAAUCCAAGAAGAAUGGAUGAGUGGAAGUACUGCAGUGAUAUGUGCAACAAUUAGUUUUGGAAUGGGGGUGGACAAGACAUCUGUCAGAUUUGUAGUUCACUGGAACCUUCCAAGAACAUUAUCCUCAUUCUGUCAACAAGCUGGGAGGGCAGGAAGAGAUGGAAAACAAUCAUGGUGCCGGGUAUACUAUGAGACUGAAGAGAAAAUCCAUAGAAUAUCAUUGAUACAGAGACGUAUUACGAGGUAUAAAUCCAAAUGUAAAAAAAACAAUGCCGAGAAUGAACUUAAGGAAUUUGAAAAAGUGGUCAGAUAUUGUGAAGCUGUCACGUGCCGACAUAACAUCAUUUCAGAACAUUUUGGUGAUCCCAAAGUAUUGUGCAACAAUCAGUGUGAUGUUUGUGUAAACAAACCCCCAGCAGGAAAUGCAGUGGUAACUCUUUUGAGUUCCAAAUACAGCAGAACAGAGAACUGUCAGUUACAAAUAGAUAAAAGCACUGCAGAUACAGAAGAAGAGAGCAGCAUGAAGAAUGAAUAG